AUGGAGGCAAACACAGUCCUUGUAGGGCUGAGGAUGCUCUCAAAGGGAAACUUUUUGUCAGAGUCUGCCGACAUUCAUGGCAUAUCCAAAGCUACAGCUGGACGGGUGUUUGAUGAUUUUCUGGAUGCAGUUAUCAGAAACAUUGGAAAUGUAAGAGAUGAGGUAUUAAGGACAAAAGAGGGAUUUUUCAGGAAGUGCAGGAUACCCAACAUCAUAGGAGCAGUGGAUGGAACAUUGGUCCCUAUUCUUGCUCCUAAGGACAAUGGGGUUGCCUUCAUAUGCAGAAAAGGUUACCAUCCCAUCAAUGUCAUGGCUGUAUGUGACCAUGAAAUGAGAUUCACUGACAUUGUAGCCAGAUGGCCAGGUUCCCAGCAUGAUGCAGCUGUGUUUGAUGAUUCUACACUAAAGGACCACCUUGAGACUAACCAGACAGGCAUUUUACUUGGUGAUGGCGGUUAUCCCCUCCGUCCAUACCUACUGACCCCAUUACUCAAUCCUACAACUCCACAAGAGAUUGCCCUCAACAAUGUCCAAAUCAGGGGGCGUAUAGUGAUUGAGAGGAUUUUCGGACUUCUAAAAUCCCGUUUCAGAUGCCUACAUAGAUCAGGAGGAGCGCUACAAUACACACCAACCAAACGUUGCAAAAUUGUUGUGGCAUGUGUAAAGUUGCACAACUUUUGUAUCGAAAACAAUGUUCCAUUUCCAGCUGACAUGAUGAUGGAUUAUGACAAUGACAAUGCUCAAGCAGCUUGCCAAAUUGCACAACAGAAUGAACAAGGACAGGUCAUGCGCCGCAGAAUUGUGAACAUGUUCCAUUAAAUUGAAAGUAUAUUUCAAUACCAGUACCCAAUUCCUCGAAACUGCUCAAUUUUGUUAUAACAUGAUUUAACUUCGCUAAAUAUUAUUGAUCUUUUCAAGCACAUGCUGUAUAUAUACUUCUUUUAAAAUGUUAAGCCUGUUAAUGGAAGUUAUUUAUUUGGUAAAUAGGAAUAACAAAUUUUUAUCUAUAAAAAUCUAGUUUAAAUUUGAUAUUUUGCAAAAUUAAAGGAACUACUUAAAGCCUGUUAAGCUCAGGAAGUUUCAAGAAAUUGGGGUCAGGAUUGUUAAAGUAACUUUGCACCAGAUGAUCAAUUUGCAAGAAAAUUGUCGAAAACUGACAUAAACUUGGUAUUAAUGUGUACGAUGCAUUGCAACUUACUAUUAACUAAAGUUCCACAUAGUUAAUAAUUUAUUUAAGUUUAGCAGUUAUUUUGUAUUUUUCAAUUAAAAAAGAUUACUGGGUAUGUCUACCUAGUAGAAUUCAUUCCUAAUGCGUGAUUGGCUAGUCGUUGUUAUC